AUGGUGACUACCACACUGAACAGUAUACGGGAAUCCUGUCACCUCGAAUUCAAAGCAAAUUUGACCUUAAAUUCUUCUGUGGAGAAUUUGACAGAGGAGCAGGUAAACGAGUUUAAAGACGCCUUUUCGGCGUUUGAUGCUGGUGAAGGUUCCAUUCCGUCGAAAGAUUGUGGAACAGUGAUGAGAUCGCUAGGGAUGAAUCCAACACUUACACAGCUAACAGUAUGGCUGGGAGAGGCAGACAGGGACAACACGGGGAUGGUCGAUUUUGCGAGUUUCCUGGUAAUGAUGAGUAAAAAAUUAGAAGAACAGGACGAUGAAGAUGAAGAGGGAAUGAAAGAAAAUUUUCGUAUUUUCGACAAGGAAGGGACUGGUUUCAUUAAUGCUGUGGAAUUUCGUCACGUGAUGACAUCGAUAGGGGACAAACUAACGGAUGAGGAAGUUGACGAGAUGAUAAGAGAAGCUGAUCUGGAUGGGAAUGGUCUAAUAAACUAUGAAGAAUUAAGGGAAGUCUUCUCAUUAUUCGAUAAAGAUGGACGUGGUACCAUUGACUCCAGAGAACUAGGAACGAUUUUACGUUCCGUAGGUCACAACCCUACAGAGGCAGAGGUCAUGGCUUGCAUUAACGAAGUCGAUCCGGAUGGUCGCGGGAUAGAUUUUUCGGAUUUUAAAUCGGUCAUGAUGUCACGAGCAGGAAUACAGGACUCGAACGAGGAGCUGCAUGAAUCGUUUCAAGUGUUCGACAGGGAAGGCAAUGGCUUCAUAGCAGAAUCCGAGUUGCGACACGUUAUGACAAAUUUAGGGGAAAAGCUAACGGACGAAGAGAUCACCGAGAUGUUAGUAGAGGCUGGCGUGGAUGGGGAAGGUCAGAUAAAUUACGAGGAAUACAAAGACGUGUUCUCUCUUUUCGACAAAAACAUGGACGGUGUGAUCGACGCGAUGGAACUCGGUACAAUUCUGCGACAGAUGGGAAAGAAUCCAACGGAUGCUGAUCUAUUAGAUAUCACAGGAAACGGCAAGCUCGACUUUCAGGAAUUCCUUAAAAUGAUGGAAGGAUAUACAAAGGAUAUAAGUUCGGAAACUCAAAUGGCAGAACUUAAAGAAGCGUUUAAAAUAUUUGAUGACGACGGUAACGGGUAUAUCACACACGAUGAACUGCGCUUACAGGCAGAUCAAAUGACAGAACAGCAUAUUGAAGCCUUCAGCUUGUUCGAUAAAGAUGGAGACGGUUUUGUAUCUUCUAAAGAGUUAGGGACAGUGAUGAGGUCCCUUGGACAGAAUCCAACAGAAGCCGAACUACAAGAUAUGAUCAAUGAAGUGGAUACUGAUGGAAACGGCACGAUAGAUUUUCCAGAGUUUUUAACUAUGAUGUCAAGAAAGAUAUUUGAUGAUGACAGCGAUGCAGAAUUAAAAGAGGCCUUCAGAGUGUUUGAUUCUAAUGGAAAUGGGUUUAUCGGUGCUGCAGAACUACGCCACGUGAUGACAAACCUCGGGGAGAAGCUGACGGAUGAGGAGGUGGAAGAAAUGAUACGAGAGGCGGAUAUCGAUAAAGAUGGUCAAGUCAAUUAUGAAGAAUUUGUGAAAAUGAUGCAUACCUAG